AGAGAGAGAGAGAGAAAGAGAAAGAGUAAGUGAGAAAGAGUUAAUCCUGCAGCAGACACGAGUGAUAAACCUGGAGAACUGGAGACCCAAUACACCAGCUCUCACCAGACGAGCUAAGUACAGAUUCGGGACGUCCGGUUCUAUCUGAAAAUGGUUAUCAAUCUGAAUCCAACGACGCUGACCAAUGCGAACGGCAGCAGCAGCCCGAUGGCAAUCAUUAGCCAUGCGGUAAUCGAUGACGUUGUCUAUAUGCAUGUGGUCUGUCCGGGCGAUGAGAUCUCCAAAUGGGUAACAUUGGAGGAGGCGCUGGGUCUGUGCCCGUCGGCAGUCAUUGCCUAUACACAGCUGACGCUGACGCAUAUCUUUGGUCCGCCCGUCGAGGAUCAGGAGCCCAGUCUAUUUGACUAAGCAAAAAAAUGCGCAAUCUUCAAGAACUGCUCCUUCUACUUAAGCUCGAACCUGCUUCGAUCGUUGACUUGAUUUGAGCCGAAGGGAACACUACGAUUAACCAUAAAUAUGAGAAUAGCUAUAAUCAUAUUAACAACAACAACAACAACAACAACAACAACAACAACAACAACAACACAAACGAGAAAACCAACUAAACCCCAUAAAAAUACGUUUGCCUCGAGCAAAUUCUUCAAAUUCAAAGUUCAAGCUUUCCCAACAAAUAAUUGCGAACACGUCAACACAAAACCCUCGAUAAUAAUUGUUUCGAUAUUUAAAUUUCGCAUGUGCAUAUGUUUUCAACUAUAUGUACCCCAUAUAUUGUUGACCAGCUGACCAAAUCACAGAUACGCACACAGAUACGCACACACACAGACACACAGACACGCAGACACACAGACAGACAGACAGAGAUAUAUAUAGAAAAAUUGUAACGCCCGGGUUCCCUGGAUGAGAGCUACAAAACAAACUCAAAUUUCUAGUUUUUCUCUUCAAUAUUUUUUUUUCCGCCCCCCUUUUUCCUAUACCCCUUCACACCCGUCACCCCCUUCACCCGUCCCUUUUGAUUUUGUUUGAAAUUCUAUAAAAUUGGCAACACUUUCGAGUUGGUUUCUAAACGUGGUUAUUACAAAUUCUGUGCGAGCAGCCCAUAUACAAAAUUGAAUAAUGAUGUGACACCAAAUCUAUUAUAACGACGAUAAUACAAACAUUGGGGUUUUUAAAAAAUUGUA